GUCGCGGCGGCGGCGGCUGGGCCGGCAGCACGAUGUCACUAGUAGAUUUGGGAAAGAAACUUUUAGAAGCUGCACGAGCAGGUCAAGAUGACGAAGUUCGCAUUUUGAUGGCAAAUGGAGCACCUUUUACCACAGAUUGGCUGGGAACAUCUCCACUUCAUCUAGCAGCACAGUUUGGACACUACUCAACAACAGAAGUGCUAUUGCGAGCAGGUGUAAGUCGAGAUGCCAGAACCAAAGUGGACAGAACUCCAUUACAUAUGGCAGCAUCUGAAGGCCAUGCCAGCAUCGUAGAAGUCCUACUUAAGCAUGGUGCCGAUGUCAAUGCAAAGGACAUGCUCAAAAUGACUGCACUUCACUGGGCUACUGAACAUAACCACCAAGAAGUUGUAGAACUCUUAGUAAAGUAUGGAGCAGAUGUUCAUGCUCAGAGUAAAUUUUGCAAAACGGCAUUAGAUAUUGCAGUGGACAAUGGAAAUGAAGACCUUGCAGAAAUAUUACAGAUUGCUAUGCAGAACCAAAUCAAUACGAAUCCAGAGAGUCCCGACACUGUGACGAUACACGCAGCAACGCCGCAGUUCAUCAUUGGACCUGGAGGGGUGGUGAACCUAACAGAUGAAACAGGAGUGUCUGCUGUACAGUUUGGGAAUUCAUCAACGUCAGUAUUAGCCACUUUGGCAGCUUUAGCAGAAGCAUCAGCUCCACUGUCUAAUUCUUCAGAAACACCAGUUGUGGCCACAGAAGAAGUAGUAACUGCAGAAUCUGUGGAUGGUGCUAUUCAGCAAGUUGUCAGUUCUGGAGGGCAGCAAGUUAUUACUAUUGUUACAGACGGCAUUCAGCUUGGUAAUCUGCAUUCAAUUCCAACCAGUGGCAUAGGGCAACCAAUCAUUGUGACCAUGCCAGAUGGACAACAAGUAUUAACAGUUCCAGCAACAGACAUUGCUGAAGAAACUGUGAUAAGUGAAGAACCGCCAGUGAAGAGACAGUGCAUUGAGAUUGUUGAAAAUCGUGUGGAGUCUGCAGAAAUCGAAGAAAGAGAAACUCUUCAGAAGCAGCUGGAUGAGGCAAACAGAGAAGCACAAAAAUAUCGUCAGCAGCUUCUAAAGAAAGAGCAAGAAGCAGAGGCCUAUCGGCAGAAGCUAGAGGCAAUGAACCGCCUCCAGACUAAUAAAGAAGCUGUUUAAUAAAAAAUGAACAUACUGCAAAGCCUGUUACUUUCAAAAACCUGCAGUACAAUCUUGAACUGUACACUAUAUGGGUACAGACACAGGAUUACAUAAUAGAGAAGAUGCUACAAGUUGAUAACUGGACUUAAACCGUGAGCUCUGGUGAAUUUCUUGUAACAUAAAAACUCUGAA